CAUCCUUGCAAAACAUCUAAUAAAGCCAACAGCCCCUUUUAAACUCUCAUCAUAUAAAUAACUAAUAAUAUCAGGAUCUCGAUUCGCAAAUCGUGAAUUUGAUUACUCUGGCAGGUUGCCAAUUUUAUAAACAGCGUAUAGCCAGGCAUUCUCCCAAAAAAUCUAACAAAGCCAACAGCCUCUUUUAAAUUUUCAUCGUGCAAAUGGACAAUAAUAGUAGAAUUUCGAUUCACAAAUCAUGAAUACCAAAGGUACUUGCAUGCCUCGUCCAAAGAUAAAACGUUUCUUCCGUCUCGUGCAAUAUAUUCUCGCAGUUUAAUCGUAUAAUUUGCGGACACCCAGCGCACUCCGGACAGCAAGACAAACUGUAGCCACUCAACUCCCCUCGGCUCUACCUCAGAAACCGCUUAACGGUAUGUUAAACAAAGUCGUGUCACGAACUCGAAGGAGAACCAAGUUACCGCCGACUGCCGCGCUGGAAAGGAUCGGGUGCUCUUUUAAUUGUUCCCGGCGCUAAACACCCCUUCGCGUUACCAGCGGUCCGCGUAAAUCCCCGAAAUUGUGGUUGUUUAUAACAACGGUGAGCGCGGCGCGCGACGACGCAGAGUGCGGCAAUAACGCGGAGCUGUUUAAUUACCGCGAAAUAAUGUCGCGAACCGGCUGCGUUACGAUAACGCAAACCGGCGGCUCGUCCGUUAAUUUAAUUUAAACGACUGUCGUGCCACCGAUAAAAUUAAUAAUAAUAAUUGUAACAUUCAUAAUGACGAUGACAAGUUCGGACGGAAGUAUAUGCUACGGUUUCGAUAAUGAUUUUCGUGGUUCGUGGUUAUUUAAGGAGCUGACUUUGUGAAUUUUAUCAUUUUUGUUGGGGCUGCUUGUUGAAAUUUGACGAGUGUAUUUAGGAUAUUGAUGGCGUUGGAAUUGGAUGAAAAAAAGAACUUGAGAAGAAGUGUUUUGUAUAUUGUGCCAGCGAGAAUACAGUUCGGAAACAGUUCACUGCAUUUGAUCGAAGGAUUGAAAAAUGAAACACAUAGCAUGGAGUCCCGGUGUAACCGAAGAAAGCCACAGCUUAAUGGAGCGUCGAAGAUUCCACAACCUACUGCCGCCAUUCUUGCAAAAGAAACCUUUUAUGUAUCCUGAUGUAUACACGCACUCAAAAAUGCCAAGAGACAUCACGGAUAUCGAUUCGCCUCGAUGCACAAGUCUCGAAACCACGACCGACCAAUGCGUCUCCAUUCACGAGCAUUUCACGUGCCAGCUCGUCGACGACGACAAUCUUCCGUGUGGAAUUACAGAAAAAUCGUCUGUACAGUGCGUGGACGACUGUGGAACGUUCAAUUUAACCUGCAGGAGGUCACGUGACAGGCUGGAUUGGGAAACAAAGAGCUUUGCGGAGAUCACGGACAGCGAGCUACACGAUGCUCCGGAGGAUCACGAUGAGGGUUAUCAGCGUUGGGAGGAUGACUUUGAGGGGGUUGAAACGGAUCUGACGCGACAAAAGAGGAAAAUUGAGUUGGUGUCGCCGUGCGAAAGUUAUUCUUCUUUGAGCGAGCAUGAGGAGGAGCCUGGUACUACGGAUCCGUAUUUGUCUCAUAAAAUAUAUAUGCCGUACAAUCGAAUUCUGAAGCCAAGAUAUUUCGCGUCAGCUGGCACGGACGUCGAAUAUAGAGCGAGUAGCUUACUCAGGAGACCUAGGUCGCCUGUUAGAGAGAUUUUGCCGGGGAGGUUCGAUCUGAAAGCUGCUUACGAGGAAAGAAGCAUGAGGAGGUGGGCGACGGAGAGCAGCAAGCGUUUAAGAGAGUCCAAGGAGCGUGUUUCCUUGUCGUUGAAGCGGCUGUCCGUGGAUCAAACGGAUGAGGACGACGUAAUCAGUUCUGUGGUUCUUCAAGCGGUCUGCGAGGAAGUCACCUUGACAUUGAUGGACACGAAAAUCGAUACCGACAUUCAUACCUUCGUUAAUGUCGCGGUUAUCUGGGCGCUCAGCGAGCUAGAGCUUUUCACCCACGACACCCUGAUCGAACGUUUCACGGCGACGAAGGAUUUUAGAGCGCAUGGCGCAAAAAAGGAAUUGGACGUCGUCGACGUGUUAGGAUACGGCGGAAUGCGCAAGAAGUUAGCAGGAGUUUAUCGUCCACCGUACAGCCACAAUGUCCACACGACUUUGCAUCUACGUUUGCCAUGGGAGUACGUGAGCCCCUCUCACGAACGAGGGCAAACAAAAUUGUAUCCAAACGUGCGCGAGAGGAUCGACGAGAAAGUUCCGAAAAUUAACGAGGAGGACGAAUCGUCGACAUACGUUCCCGAUAUAACGUGUUUCCAUCUGAGGGAAGUUUUGGACAAGACUUACGUGGCUUAUAAGAGAAAAUCGAAAUCUCUUGUUCCCCUGACAGAGUCAUCCCUCAACCUGAUGGAGGACCUGUUUCUGCAAUUAGUGAGCUUUCUGUGAAGCAUCUGCGGAAAAUAAAUGGCUGGUUGAUGACCUGUUCGAUCCAUAAAUACCGUGGUUUCAUUUCAGAAUAUUUAUACAAUGAAUAAUAAUUAUUAGCUAUGGUUUUAACAGAUAUAUUUGUCAUUGUGGUACAUCGAAAUAGCAAUCUUUCAAGCCUCAACCUGAUGGCCAUCGCAAUGUAUUUAUACAAACUUUAUUAGCCAUACAAUUUUCCUUGUUGUUAUUCUUAUAGAAUUAUUGUAAGUAUCAGGCAUGCUUAUAAUUUAUUGCAAGAAUAAUAAGGAAAAUUGUGUGGGUGCCAAACUUUGUAUGUAAACACACGUUGUAUUCAUACGAAUAUAUAGUAUAGAUUCAUCGUAACGAAAUUAAUUUCUACACCUAAUAAUAAAUAAUAUAAUAAAUAAUAUAAUAUAUAUUCGUCGAUAUAUAAUCGUCAUCAUCAAACAGUAAUCGUCCUCGUGUAUAGCCAUUAUCAAGAUGGAUAAUCAAUAUCAUCAGCAGCAGCAUGUGUUUGCACGUGGUAUACAUCUGUACACAUGUAAACUACUUAGCCAAGGUUCAGAAACUAUCUGUCACUUUUGUAAGUACCAUUUUUUACUGUAUGUGUAUAAAUAACUACUUUGUAAUUUGAUUAGAGUUAUUAUCUACACAUAUCCUGCAUACAUAUAAGGUUACAUGUAAUAAAAUUCAUACUAUUCACAUCUCAUUUAUGCACGUUUAUGUAUACAUACAUAUAUUAUUUUAUAUGUAUAUAUCAUACAAUCUUCCUGCACAAAAGUACGUAGCAUAUUGUAAAUAUUACAUUAUAUGUAUGUAACAACAUUAUAUUGUAUACAUUAUAAUAUUUGCUACUUCUAUACACCCCGCUCAGAAGUAUGUGGACACUUCCUUAAUAAAAAUAGAUACGAUAAUAAAAGUUGCGAAUCUAUAAUAUCAAUUAUAUCAUUUAUGUUUCAAUAUGUUUAUGCUGCAUUAGCAAAUACAUUCUAUUAAUAGUUUUUUUUUUUUUUAAUAUCGCAUUAGUGAUGAUAGAAAACUAUAGAGAUAACUAGUUAAAAUUUCUUUUACCAAACUUGGAUGUUAUCCCAUUUAUUUUGUAACAUUUCGCCAUAAAUGUUUUUGAUAUAUUGAACAUUCUUUCUGAACUUUUCUAUCUAGACGAUACUAUAGUUCCAUUAUAAAAUUGAAUAUGGCACUCAAAACAUUUGAUAUUAUUAAAUAUUGUUAAAUAUACAUCCAAUAUAGAAUUCAGCGACAAAAGUUGUACAGUAAUAAUUUACGGUGUAUAUUAAUUAUUCA